AAAGUCAAAUCAGUUGCUCCCUGCUGGUUGAGAGGACUUGAUGUAGACAGGCAAUUAGUGAAUGAUUUUUUUUUAAGUAUGAAACUGGAGAAGUGUCUUGCCGUGCCAAGUUGGCUGCAAAUUCCCUACGACGACAAACGCAUCCUGGCCUACCUUCUGGGUGGUUUAACCAUACUGUUUGGAACCGCACUGUAUGGACUGUUGGCGUGGCACAAAUUUGGAAUGUUUGGUGAUGGGAGUUGUCCCUCCUUUUCUUAUAUAUACAACUUGGAACUUCCUCUGCUAGCUGUGGUUCUAUUAGUGUACUAUACAGCGACAUUUGUGUUUAUUUGGGGCGUUUGGAAGGAAAAAUCAAAGUACAUUCUGCCAUUUUUUUGUCUGCUGGUGGCUACCGUGGGAUUUAUCGGACAUGCUCACAUAGAGCGGAUGCUGUUUGAAGUCGACAAAACCGAGCGACGGUUCGUUAUUGUGGCGUUCGCUUUUACAACAGGAGUUUUAGUUUUCGCCAGCUCAAUCACUCUAUUGCUUUACCGGGAGAUGAACACAAACAGCGAUCGACGAGGAAAGGUCGAAUAUAUGGAACUUUUUGUUACCGGAUAGAAGCGAUGGUAAAUAUCUUUGUACUCCAAAAGGAAUAGGAUACUUGUAAUUUAAAAGAUCGACCUAUGUACUACUACGGAGUUUUGUAGUAUCAUUUUAGGAUUUAGGAUAUUAUCAGUAUUCUGGCAUAUGAAUAAAUUUUUAAUUGCCGUCUAGUAAACAUAUUUUUUGCGAAACUUGGUAGCUACAUGUUAAAAAUAGUUUCUAAACUUUUUUUUGUAUUUUGAUUAGCUUAGAUCGUUACCUUCAUGAACAGUAAAGUAAAGUUGUUAUAGAAUAGGGCUAUGGUCUGAUCUAUAUUUACAGCUCCCUCGAUCUUAGUCAAAAAGGUGUCAUCUUAGCUAAGAGAGUGAUAAAAAGUGUAAAAAAGGAAGAUUCUAUUGGAGAAAUGAUAGUAGUUUGAGUAUAAUUACUAAUAUUUUAGCUUGAAAUAUAACGCAGCUUUCACUGGGUGUAUAGAAAUCUUCUAAUUUAAGUUCAAAGUAGUAAAAGCAAAGCAAGGGAGUGGAGCAUCUCGAUAUAGAAUUCAAGUUUCUAUUUAUAAGACAUAGACUUCGUACAGUAGAACUCAUAGAGCAUUAAACAUAAUCAAAAUUAUUUUGAAGGGUUUUUGGACUGGAAACGUAUCAUGGAUCAAAAAUAUAGUAUAAUAAAUGAUUGUGACUAAAAAUA